CCGCAGUUUCUGAAUAUUACCAUGCCACGCUUUUUUUAAAAACCUUUUGACGGAUAAGCCACUAAAUCCGUGAUGUCCAUUAAACGCAAAGCGUCACAGUAAGACCUUACACCACAGCUGCCGCUACCCUCCACACCUGAACCGCGACUUCUCGGUAACUGCAGCCCACCUCUGUGCGCCCUGCCCCCGCCACCAGAGCGGCGAUGCCUCCCGGUGUUGUGACCGCGCCACGGAGCUCAUCAGCCGGCUGCUUCUGCGCCUGCUGCGGGGUGAAGCUGAGGCCGUAUUUCACCGAAAACUCCGUGAUCUCUCAGGGGGAAAUUUAUCAGCUCAUCAGUGAAAGUUUCCUGACAGUUAAAGGAGCUGCUCUCUUCUUACCUCGAGGAAAUGGCUCCUCCCCUUCCUCUGCCUCUCGCUUCUCCCAGCUGCGCAGCAAACAUGCAGGAGACAUCCAGCAGCAUCUUCAAACCAUGUUCACUCUCCUCAGACCAGAGGACAACAUCAAACUGGCGGUGCGACUGGAGAGCGCCCACACUCAGAUCACCCGCUACAUGGUGGUGGUGUCAACCAAUGGUCGUCAGGACACGGAGGAGAGCCUGGUGCUGGGAAUGGAUUUCAGUCCUGUAGAUAGCUCAUGUUCUGUAGGGCUGGUUUUGCCGUUAUGGAGCGACACGUUGAUACAUCUGGACGGCGAUGGGGGUUUCAGCGUGUCAACCGAUAACAGAGUGCAUGUAUUCAAGCCCGUUUCUGUGCAGGCCAUGUGGUCAGCUCUCCAGUCACUCCAUAAAGCAUGCGAGGUGGCUCGUUGUCACAACUACUUCCCUGGCAGCUUGUUCCUCACCUGGGUCAGCUACUAUCAAAGCAGGGUCUCCUCAGACCAGGUACGCAUCAACGAGUGGAACGCCAUGCAGGACGUGCAGUCACACCGUGCCGAUUCGCCCGUGCUCUUCUCUGACAUACCCACAGAAAGAGAGCUGACUGAGCGUCAGAUCAAAACCAGUUUGAGGGAGAUCAUGAUGCAGAAAGACCUUGAGAAUGUCACCUGCAAAGAGAUACGAACAGAGCUGGAAAUGCACAUGACGUGCAACCUGCGAGAGUUUAAGGAGUUCAUCGACAAUGAGAUGAUUACCAUUCUGGGCCAGAUGGACAGUCCUACGGAAAUCUUUGACCACGUCUUCUUGGGAUCUGAGUGGAAUGCAUCCAAUUUGGAGGAGUUGCAGAACAGCGGGGUUCAGUACAUCCUGAAUGUAACGAGGGAGAUUGAUAACUUCUUCCCUGGUGUGUUUGAGUACCACAACAUCCGUGUUUACGAUGAGGAGGCCACUGAUCUACUUGCUUAUUGGAAUGACACCUACAAGUUUAUAUCGAGAGCCAAGAAAGCCGGAUCCAAGUGCCUGGUGCACUGUAAAAUGGGUAUAAGUCGCUCUGCAGCCACAGUGAUCGCUUACGCUAUGAAGGAGUACGGCUGGGAUUUGAAGAAGGCCUUUGAUUAUGUCAAGGAGCGCCGGACUGUGACCAAGCCGAACCCGUCUUUUAUGAGACAGCUGGAGGAGUAUCAGGGUAUACUGCUGGCCAGCAGGCAGAGGCACAACAAACUGUGGCGUUCUCACUCUGACAGCGACCUCUCUGACCACCAUGAGCCUCUGUCUAAAUCUUACGCCCAACCACACAGCCUGGGUCAUUCCGACCCCCAUAACCAGGCCAGCGGCACGUCUGUCCGUGGUCCGUCUGUGAAAGAGCUGCUGGAAUCACUGGGCACUGGCAAACCAGCACACUCCACCAGCCAGCCUGAUACUGGCAUCCAGUCCAAUCAGCUCAGCUCUUCAUCCUCUGAGGGGGUGACAGCUCUAUCAGGCGAUCCUAAAGCCCGAAGCCUCGAGGCCCCUUCUCCUUCUGCUGUAGUCCAGAUCAGCCAGUUGGACUCCCCUUGUUCCGAGUCCACAGCCGGCUCUGUGUCUCAGUUAUCUCCCCCGCUCUCCAACGGCUUAUGUGACUCUGAGGAGAAGCCUCCUCUCUCCCAGCCAAAGGCCGCCACUGUGGUGCCUGAGCUUCAAAAGACAGACAUGGUGACUGUAGCACAGAGUGUUUUAGUGGGCCAGCCUCACCCGCCUCCAUCCUUUCACCACCUCCCUCUCUCCCCUGCUCCAUCCCCUACUCCAGCCUGCAUGGAUGAGGUUAUCAAACCACAGUCCUGCUCUCUGCCUGUGAUAAAACAGAUGCUCGUGUCAGUGCCUGAGCCCGUGACAACACAAACACCAAGCACACAACAGGCUGAACCCCAGUGUCUGUCUGCACCAGUGCCUGUCAAAAAACCAGACUGUGACCAGCAGCUGUGUGGCUCGUCCGUGGACGGUUUAACAGCUCAUCCUCCCUCCACUAGUGAUUUUAUCAGCUACCCCAGUGCCAUUCCACCAAACAACGAAGUGUUGUUUGGCCACAGUGCAGAUCACAUAAACUUUUUCAGUGCCAGGGAAAAGUUCAAGGGAAUGAGUCAAGAUGGUAAAAGUUGCCAGCUGAAGAGUUGUGGCAAAGAGCAGCAUCUACCGCUGCAGGAGGUCUCCACCAGUGAGGGGAAGGAGGAGGAGAAAAAAAAGGAAAUGGCCGUCCCUGUGCAGGUCACAGGACUGAAGCCUGCAGUGCACACAGAGGCUUCACCUCUUAGCCCUCUUAGCCAACCGGAGCCUCAGGGCUCCCAGGACCAGGAUUUGAGGAAGUCAGGGCAGGAAAUAGAGGAUAGAGAUGUUUUAUCACAGAAGGAUGCUGAGAGUGUUAAAGAGGAAGUGAAAAACAAAGAAGAAGAGGAGGAGGAGGCGGCUCCUGCUGGUCUCUACAGCGACUGGACGCGGGGGUCCGUGAGGCGUGUCACACGGCAGCUGGAGCAAAGAAUGAAACAGGAGCACGAGACUCCGUCACCCUCCUCAUCUCCACCCUCCCUCUCCGGCAGCUCCUCUUGCUCUCUGCGGCGUCCACCGAGCGUCCACCCCGGGACAGCUUCCAAUCCCCAGAAUGCAUCAGUUUGCUUGCAGGUGUCAGUAGUUAACAGCGUGCAGGAAGAGCAGGAGGAGGAGGAUGAUGGGAAGGUUGGACCAGUUAGAAGGGAGAGUGGUGAUGUAGUUGAGAUGGAGGCACUAGGAAAUAACGAUGGAAGCACAAAAGGACACAAACUCCAGCCUGCUGAUAUUAGAUUGCUCUCUACCUCUUCUUUCCACCGCUCCGCCAAUUCUCCCUUUGCCUCUGUGAACUUCCUGUGUUUGGAGGGCGUGACAGAGCUCGAGUCAGGCACAGACUGGGACUGCUCCACAGAGGGACCCCAGAGUGACAUUGUCAUGAGGGAGACAUGGAAGACUCUAUGCGAGCUGGGUGCCUUCCUGCAGGAGGUGAGCAUGGGCGGAGCCUGCAAGACCAGGUGUUUGGACCAAGUUUUUGGCUCCAGCACUAGAACUGCUCAGAAGCGAGGUAGCAGUGUCCAGAAGAGGGUCAGAGAGGUGGAGGCCAGGAUUCGCCAGGCAGGACUGACCCCUCCAUCCCUGAUGAAGCGUUCGGCCUCUCUGGCCAAACUGGGCUGUCUUGAGCUGCUCGCCAAUGACCUGAGCAAGUGGGAGCUCAGCCGAUCCUCUUUGGCUCCGUCCUCAGCAGAACCUCUGAUCCACACAGUAAACGACGAGUCCAAGAAGCAGCGGGUCCACAGUUCUCCCUCCUCAGCAGGCCAGCAGCCACAAGUCCAUGGCACUGGUGCGGAGAGGCUAUAUGAAGCUGGAGAAACCUCACCACCUCCGCCAUCAAAUCAGAGUCCACAUGGGGGACAACUCCCCAACUCCGACCAAGACUCUCUGUGUUUUCCUGGGCCGACACUUAUGACAGCGAGGCAGCAAUAUGGAAGGACUCAUCCCCUGAGACGGCUUAAGAAAAGAACUGCUAGUACCCUUUACCACACCAUGUAACCCUCACCGUGUGUGUGUGUGUCUCUGUAUGAGUGUGUGUGAGAGAGAGAGAGGGCUCAUGUACGCCUGUGAAAAAAGGAAGUUAUUGCAUAUGUUAGGUUUAUUCAGCAAAACAAACCAAUGCCUCUUGCCUUAAAGAAUAUGUUAAGUACUUUUUUCUUCCCUGCAGAUUCGCCAAGAGCCCCCUGUGAAAUCUGCUACGUGAGAUACUUGUCUCAGUGCCAGAGCAGUGACAAGGCUUUGAAGGUUCUGGCCAAUUGAAAGUCAAACUAUGAGUCAAAUUGGAAGAAACUUGGUGUCGUAUAAAUGCUUUCUAAAAUCAGCAAACACAAUCAACUUGUUUCAAAGGCUAAUCCGCCGGAGCCUGCGUACAUUCACUCGUUACAUUAAUGCUGGUCUCGCCGUCAUCCACUUGAUAUUUACUUGAUCGCUGUCAGUCGAUCGAAUAGUCCGGCCCGUUGUUAUGUAGAAUGUAGCCUCCGUUUUCCUCUCCUCGUGCUUUCACAUCUCUUCAUCAUUUGCUAGUUGUGCUGGGUGGCUGCCAAGAAAAUGAUACAGCUGUUUUUCUGGUACAGUCUGACAGGUAAAUUACAUCAGUUUCACACUCAAACGAGCUUCAGCAGAUUUGGUUCAAAAUGGCGAUGCAAAGAUAAACUUGGAAUCAUUUGGCAGAAAUACUUGAAAUAUUGACAAAUGAUAGCGAUCAAAGUCAAUUCUGCUGUCUAGAGGCUGAUUUUAAACAUGGGUUGUGUUGAGAUUAGCACAUCUGAACACACAAGAGCUCAGGAUGAACCACGCACACCACAGAUUAGUGUUUUCCCCCAAAGAAAGGUGUAUCCAGAGCUGGUGACUAACUGUAGAAUAGUACAGCGAAAGAGGCAUGCUGGUUUUAAUUGUAUUCAAUUUUUUUAAAUGUUUGUUUUGACUCCACAAUACCUCAGUCAGUCUGAACCAAACCUGACCUGCACAAGCGUCAGGCUCUGGAAUCCUGGAAUGUCAGUCAGAAACAGUUUCAACUUCACCUCUCAAACUGUCAACUCAGCUCAUCUCUCUCGUGUCCUCUCGCAGUUCAGAUGCCACUCAAAACAAGACAUUUUCUGUACGUAUUACUGUGUGGGAGAUAGGGGGUAGGUUCGGGGGUUGAGGGCAGAGUGUAUAUUUGUGCGUUUCUGCCAUGUUCUCUUUGGGAUGUAAAGGUCUAUAUUGUGAGUGUUGACAUUUUAAGAACUUUACAUGUUUUUAUAACUGGUUUGUGUCUGUGUGUGAGUGCGACUGUGUAGCACAAGUUUACCAUGUGGGUGUGUACAUAUUUUUUUUUUUUAAUUCAUCAUUUUCUCUUUUGUACACAUUUUUAGGAGUGUGCCUGUGACUGGCAAGUGAAGCUUCUCUGCAGUCUAUCAGAAAUGUCUGUACAGGGAGGUCUGUCUUACAUGCACUUUACUCCCUUUUUAAGUUUAAUGCUGUUUUUAUUUUUUAAUGUAUGGUUGCUACUUUUGGCUAGCAUGCUUAAGUAGUAGCAGGUGUUGGGUAUGAGUGUGUAUUGUUAAAAAAAUGUUUUUUGGGGGGGUUUGUUUUAUUUUAAACUAUCAUUGUAAAUAUACUUUUAUAUCAUGUGCUUCAACUGUGACCAUUAAACAAUGGAAAUUAUUGAGUGUUAUGCUGUCGGUCUGUGGACAGUAACAUAAGGUCGUAAUUAAAUAUACUUUUCAGUUAUGGUUCAAACAAAUGAUGACGACGGUAUGUUUCACAUUAUUUAGUGCUUAUGUUAUAUACAACCCUGAUUCCAAAGAAGUUGGGAUGUUGUGUAAAACAUAAAUAAAAACAGAAUUCAAACAUUUGUAAAUGAGCUGUGU